AGAGAGGAACGGAGCGUUCCAUUUCUCAUAGAUGAGCAGCUGCUAGGCAGGACUGUCUUGAAAGCAGAGAGACAGUGAGAGAGACCAUUUGGUGCCUGAAUGUGAGUGAGCGAGGGAGUGAAAGAGAGAGAGAGACACACACUCAGCGUGAGCCUGUGGUUUAAGCAGACACUAGCCGUGUGUUUAGGGGAACCCACAGUCUCAGCUCCUUGGGAUAAAGGAGUGUUGUUUUUGGCCCUGCUCUUUUCCCCCUUCUUAUUCUGUUUUGUUUUAUUCCCUCCAUCCUUUCUCUUCUUCCUUUUGCCUGCGGAGAGAGCUGGACCGCUGUUGUCUCCCUGAAACACGCCGAGCCGGUAGGGGAGACUGAUGCUGUGAUACUGCAGGGUAAAAAUACAGGCUCUCAUUUGAUGCAGUGAAGUGCUCUGGAAGGAAAUUCGCAAGCAAAGGUUUGCCGGCCAUGGGGAACCUCAUUAAGGUCCUUGGCAAAGAUUUAGAGAACUGUCCUCAUUUUUUCCUGGAUUUUGAAAGGGGAUCAUGGGAAAUCUCCUGAAACCGCUGGCUUGCAGCGAACUGGAGCAUGGCCAAAUAAUUUUCCUUGACUUUGAACAUGCUCAGCCCACAGAGGCUGAGACAGCCGUGUGGAACCAGGUUAGUGCUGUGCUGGAAGAGGCCCAUGGGAUACUGGCAGAGUUACAGUCUUACAAUGGAGCAGGACAAGAAAUAAGAGAGGCGAUUCAGAACCCCAAUGACCUCCAGUUGCAGGAGAAAGCCUGGAAUGCAGUCUGCCCUCUAGUGGCCAAACUCAAGAGAUUCUAUGAAUUUUCUCUCAGGCUAGAGAAUGCCCUGCGCAGUCUUUUGGAGGCCCUCACUAGCCCACCCUACGCUCCCAUGCAGCAUCUGGAGAGAGAGCAGGCCCUCGCCAAACAGUUUGCAGAGAUCCUGCACUUCACGCUCAGCUUUGAUGAGCUCAAGAUGACAAAUCCAGCCAUACAGAAUGAUUUUAGUUACUAUAGGAGGACCAUCAGCAGGAAUCGGCUGAACAACCAGCAGUUAGAAGCUGAGAAUGAAGUGAAUAACGAAAUGGCCAAUCGGAUGUCGCUCUUCUACGCUGAAGCCACACCCAUGCUCAAAACUCUGAGCAAUGCCACAACUAAGUUUGUGUCAGAGAACAAGACUUUGCCAAUUGAGGACACCACAGAUUGCCUGAGCACUAUGGCCUGUGUGUGCCGUGUCAUGUUGGAGACUCCGGAGUACCGGUGCCGUUUUACUAACACAGACACCAUGCUGUUCUGCAUGCGUGUGAUGGUGGGCGUCAUCAUCCUUUAUGACCAUGUUCAUCCAGUGGGUGCCUUUGCCAAGACCUCCAAGAUUGAUAUGAAGGGCUGCAUCAAGGUGUUGAAAGAGCAGCCUUCAAACAGCGUAGAGGGACUGUUGAACGCACUGAGGUAUACAACAAGACAUUUAAAUGAUGACAGCACAUCUAAACAAAUCAGGGCCCUGCUUCAAUGAGAGCUGGAGGAGCGUGAGAAAGAGCGACCGCAGAGAAAGAGACUGUCAGAGUAUAUAUGAUAGUGGCUGGCAAACCUCUGAAACCUGCUUGUUUACAAGAGCAAAAUGCAACUUGAUCUCAAAUUAAAUAAGAUAUUCUAGAAAAGAGAAAGAAAUAUGAAGAAAUAAUUUAUAUAUAUAUAUAUAUAUAUAUAGAUUAUUGAUGGUUCAUCAUCAUGUGUCAUUUUAUAUAAGCAGGAAAAAUAGAGAGAUAUAUGUAUAUUAAAAUUCAAAAAUCAAACAAAACUACCCGAUACAAAUACAAAGGUAUUGCGAAAACAUGAAACUUUGUGAACAUUAAAACCACCAACAAAAUGGUUCAUAUUCCAAGUUACGUUUGAGAGUAUUUUUGCACACUUGAAAAGGAUUCCCACUUCACAGGAAAGACUUUUAACGUGGCUUGAAACCGUGUAUAGUUCAUACAUUUAGACUCGAUUUGAUCUGUAACGCCUUUGCCUCAUUAUCCUCGGUAUGCUUCAUCCACUUCAUUCUGGGAAUCUUGGGUUUCCUGACAAAACUGCAGUCCAUGGCAUUUUCUCUUUGGCACAAAGUCUGUUACAGAAUAAAUGUAAAGAUCACAUACUUGAGACACAUCUUGACAGAAAUCAAACGCAUACUAUAACCAUCCAGCUGUAUAUAUUUGGAAAGCACAGGAUAGUUUUGUAAAGAAACGAAGCGUUUUGUUAGACUUCUUCACUAGUGCUGUACAGCAAUACUCUACUGAGGUGACAACUGCAAACACGAUCAUUUAAAAUGCCUUCAUACCAAUGUAAGAGACGCUGGAUAAUGCUAACAGCUUGUCUGUGGAGGUUAAAGGCCAGUUGCACAUAUCAUAAGACGAACAAUCCUUUAAAUAGCUUGAUUUUUCUUUUUGCUCUUGUAAAUUUUGGAUGCUAAACAGAGCAAGUAAGCCAUGAAACUGACAAAGUCAUAAAAUUCAGACGCAAACACACAUUCUGCCCUGUGCCAUAGCUGCUUCGCAUACCACUGCAUCUCAUUCAGAGUCCAGACGGAGCCACAUAUUAUAAACAUCAUCUGUAGAACGUUAGAAACAAAUAAACCAAAUCACACCAUUGUGAAUGACAACACAAAAGCAAAUCAUUUCCAAACGAGACUGCAACAUUGCCUUUUAGAUGAAUAGAAGUGAUGCACUGUGUGACGUAUGAGUGAUUCGUUUUGUCAUGAACACAAUCUAAAACCUGAGAUACAUUAUAUACACUCAGAAAACAAGCUGUAAAACACGGUGUAAAUAAGAGGAUUUUUCUUGUGGAAUCUUAUAAGGCUUAAACAAAUGUUCAGUAGAGAUGUGAAAAAGAUGUGGGCUGAAAAACAAAAGACAGAAUCAAAAAGAUUACAGCGACAAAUGCAGCGAUGGACUUUGGGUGUCUCUCGGCAUUUGUCAAACUUGAUUUGGUUUCUAGAUGGAGUUCUGUUGAAAAACAAAAGCUCUGUAUGAAUAUAUAGAUGGCAUGCUGUAAACGUUCAGAAAAGACUGUAAAUACGGUGUUUUUAUUCAUUUUUAAUUGUUCGGUGAAUCUGAAUUGGGUAUGUGUUGUCUCUAAGAAAGCCAUGCGUUUUGGCUUGGACCAUUGGACUUGCCGUAGACAUUUGUUCCAGAUCUUCAACUUCAUAUCAGCGGGGAAUUCAAACAGGGCAGGGAGGAGGGUGGGGGUGGGGUGGUCCAUUUGCUUGUUAUUUUGUACAUUUUGUGCAAGAAAUAAACUUGUCAUUUACUACAUU